ACUGGCUAAAAUGCUGACUUAACCUUUGAAAGAAUACUUUUCUAGCCAUGAAAUAAAAAAAAGGCAGGGAACUGAAACUGAUAGAAAAGCUAGCUCGCCAGCACACUCUUCCACGCGGUUUUUGUUUCUUUUAUUCGUCUUCUUCAUUAGAUCUCAUGAUGCAACUACUCUUAUCCUUAUUCUCACGCCCUAUCACAUAGCCUCUACUGCUAAGAUUCAACUCAAUUCAAGCAAUGUUGGAGUUAUAGUGCGCAGAUAUCUUUCACUUGCUCUCUCUCUACUUUUUAGAUUUUUGUUUGGGUAAAGAGUGGAGCGCCGCUACGAUGGCCUUGCCUCGGCGGCGCAAACUUCACUACCACCGCCUCGGCUCUCUAGUUCAGGUUGCAUCCGCCAUCUCCGGCACUCUUCUACUUCUCUUUGCUUUCCUUUCCUUUUUCUUUCCUUCUCCUGACGAAUCGGAACACUUUCACCUUCGCCACCGCCAGACCUCUUUUAAUGCAGUCGUUAAGGAUUCCGUUUCAGAUAGGAAUUCUGUUUUCAAGAUUCCAAGUACCGGAGGAAAAUUAGAUCGUGAUAUAUGGAGUUCGAAAAAUGCUAAAUUCUUUUAUGGAUGCAGUAAUGCCAGCGCCAGAUUUGCGAAAGCUGAAGCUAUUACACAUCCCACUCGAUACCUGGCUAUUGCCACUAGUGGAGGCUUGAACCAACAAAGAACCGGAAUUACGGAUGCUGUUGUUGCUGCUCGAAUUCUGAAUGCUACUCUUGUUGUUCCAAAGCUGGACCAAAAAUCAUUUUGGAAGGACGCCAGUGACUUCACAGAUAUCUUUGACGUUGAUUGGUUCAUAUCAUUUUUGUCAAAAGAUGUUAAAAUCAUAAAGCAGCUGCCUAAAAGGGGAUGGAGGACUUGGACUCCAUACACCAUGCGCGUUCCACGGAAGUGUAGUGAAAGGUGUUACCUAAAUCAUGUACUGCCGGUUCUUUUGAAAAGGCAUAAUGCAGUUCAGCUCAACAAGUUUGAUUACAGACUUGCAAAUAGAUUGGAUACAGAUUUGCAGAAGUUAAGAUGCAGAGUUAACUACCAUGCUUUGCAGUUCGCUAAUCCUAUUUUAGAAAUGGGUAAAAUGCUUGUUCAGCGAAUGCGGAUGAGGAGCAAGCAUUAUAUUGCUUUGCACUUGAGGUUUGAACCUGAUAUGCUUGCAUUCUCAGGCUGUGAUUAUGGUGGAGGUGAAAAGGAAAAGAAUGAACUAGGUGCUAUACAAAAGAGGUGGAAGACUUUACAUAAAAACAAUCCGGAUAAGGAAAGGAGGCAAGGAAGAUGCCCGCUUACCCCAGAGGAAGUUGGUCUGAUGCUUAGAGCUCUAGGAUAUGGCAGUGAUGUUCAUAUUUAUGUGGCAUCUGGUGAAGUUUAUGGAGGGGAGGAAACUUUGAGACUGAAAGCACUCUUUCCAAACUUCUAUUCAAAAGAUACCAUUGCUACCAAUGAAGAAUUAGGACAAUUGUCGUUCUCUUCUAGAAUGGCUGCACUUGAUUUUAUUGUUUGUGAUGAGAGUGAUGUGUUUGUCACCAACAACAAUGGUAACAUGGCUAGAAUCUUAGCUGGAAGAAGGAAAUAUUUUGGACAUAAACCUACAAUUCGUCCAAAUGCUAAAAAACUAUAUCGCUUGUUCUUAAGUAGAAACAACAUGACAUGGGAAGAAUUUUCCUCUAGAAUCCGUACUUUACAGAAAGGUUUUAUGGGGGAACCAAAGGAGGUCAGGCCAGGAAGGGGUGAGUUUCAUGAGAAUCCAUCCACAUGUAUAUGUGAAGAUUCAGAGGCAAUGGGAAAGGUGAAGGCAGAUUCAAGACACAAGAAACAUAGGAAAUUGGAUGAUUCAUCAAGAAAAGAUGUUAUGGUCAGUGAUGAUCAGAAUGAUUAUGAUGAUAAUGAUGUGCCAGAAUGGCCUGAUCUGGAUGAGGAUGAGGAUGAGGAAGAGGAGGACGAAAGUGGGUCAAAAGAGAAGCACCUGUCUAAUGUAACAGGAACAAUCAACUAAUGUGAAGCAAACUUGAUGGCAGUUUGAAGAUGGAACUUUCUCCUAUAAUCAGAUGAUGUUCCCAGAGCAAGGUACCAAAGUAUUGACAUGAAUUAUGGGGCAGCAUGAAAGAAAAGAUGAGUUUCUAAAAAGAGUUCCGAACACUAGCCUAUAUCCAUCCGAUUAUCAAGUCAUGAAAAGAAAGGAAGAAAUCUGUUAUGGUUCCUAUUUUUUUUUUCUUUUCCUUUUUCUGACAUUUUGUUGAUAUUCUUUUAUCCUACCGAGAGAUCAUUCAUAUUCAAAUGGUUAGCUACUUGAUGUCUAUUAGUUGAGCAAAGCUGAUGUAAAUUUCGUGUUUCACUUCUUAUCCAGCUGAUAUUUGAAAAA